AUGAACAAAUGCAUCUUUGUCGACGAUUCCUGCGAUCUCUCUAUUCGCGACAUACUAGAAACUUACCAUCCUAAGGACGGCCAAGCCCUGGUCAAGGUCGAGUACUCAGGCAUCAACCCAGCUGAUCUCAAUCAUCCUAAAGAUCUGGGCAUGAAGAACAACGUAUGCGGGUAUGAAAUCUGCGGCACUGUCAUCGAAGCAGGAAGAUCUAGUCGCUACGCAGUGGGGGACGUCGUCUUUGGAUCCAACCAUCCCGGCCGCUCAAAGCCAGGAUACCAUGGCGGUCACCAAGACUAUGUCAUUCUAGAGUCAAACCUGAUGUCAGCAAAAUUACCAGCUCAACUCCCCCGACCAGAUGCCGCUGCCAUCAGUAUCAUGGUGCGCUCAGCAGCAGACGCGUUGAUGAAUCAUUUCGAGAUCCCUUUUCCUGCUAUAAACGUCUUGGGACCACCUCCCACUGGCGCCCUGUUGGUUUGGGGCGGUGCCAGUAGCGUCGGGAGUGCUGCGAUACAGCUCGCAAAGGCUAUGGGAGUGAAAUGGAUUUUCACGACCGCUUCACCUUCCAACCACGAAGCACUCCUCGAGCUCGGUGCAACAAAGUGCUUUGACUAUCGAGAUCCGGAUGUCGUUGGCGCUGUCAGGGCUGUAUGCGAGGAUACUGGUGUCACAAUCAAAUAUGUCCUAGACACUGUGUGCAAAGCAGGCAGUCCUGGUACCAUUCAGCAGUGCGAGGCAAUCGCUACAGCACCAGAUGUCACAUUCAUCAGUACUCUGCCCCAGUUCAGUAAGCCCCCACGAUGGAGAAUGGUUUUUGCUUCCAGGGAAACCGACAACCCUGUCCCGUUCGAGUUUCCAGGUGGAAAUAAGGCAAAUCCCGUAUGGGAGGCUCGGCUAGAGAGAGCGGUUGUUUGGGCUGUGAAAAACUACGGGACGUUAUUCAGAAUUCCCAAUAUCAAGAUUGUGGAGGGAGCUAAGGAGGGUAUACAGGCUAUCAAGGACGUGAAUGAGGGAAAGGUAAGCUUGACCAAGGUUGUUAUCAAGCACCUGCUUUAG